GCGCAUGCGUACAUCUGGUUUGAAAUUCGUAAACGGAUUGAUGAAUUAAUGACAUGUGAACCGAGGAAAGAGUAAAAGUUGUCGUACUUCUGUGAAAUAUAUGUACAAUUAACAGAUAGUGUUAAAUUUAUAGAAGAAUCAUGGAUAUGGGAAGCCUUAAAGUUGGUGUCAAUGUUGACAUCCAACGAACUGACGGUCGCAUACAUUCUGCUGUUAUAAGUGGUCUAAAUCCAGAGGCAAAGAGUGUGACAGUGGAAUGGUUCGAGAAAGGUGAAACUAAAGGGAAAGAGAUUGAAAUAGAGGCCAUCUUUUCUUUGAAUCCUGACUUAGCCCCUGCUCAGCCCCCUCCCAGUAAUAGAGAUAUACAGUCUUCAAAGAGUAGUAGAAUUCCAAAUGCUGGAGAUGGCCCUAAAGCUGUCCGAAAAGCACCGUCCUCCGCCAAAUCACGACAGAGUUAUGCAGCUAAUUCUAGAGCAUCAGUGCCAACCCAGAAUGGCCACGCUGAACCCAAAAAUGAUCCAAAAGCACCCGCAGGAGCUCGCAGAAAAUCCAACUGUGUUAAAGAAGUUGAAAAAAUUCAACAAAAGCGAGAUGAGAGGAGGGCCAAACACUUAGCAAUCAAAGAACAGAAUGAGUCCAAUUUUGAUACGUCAGAUCCAAACUGGGAGUUCCAGGCCAUGAUAAAAGAAUACAGAGCUGGUCUGGAAUUUCGGCCACUGACUUCCUCCGAUCCCAUUGUCAAUCAUCAAAUCUGUGUCUGUGUUAGGAAACGCCCACUGAACAAAAAAGAAGUUACAAAGAAAGAUGUGGAUGUCUUAACUAUUCCAAAUAAAGAGUGUACUAUUGUACAUGAGCCUAAGUUAAAAGUAGACCUGACUAAGUACUUAGAAAACCAGACCUUCAGAUUUGACUAUGCAUUUGAUGAGAAUUCCACAAAUGAAAUGGUUUACAGGUACACAGCAAAACCUCUGGUGGAGUGCAUCUUUGAGGGAGGUAUGGCUACCUGCUUUGCCUAUGGUCAGACAGGGAGUGGGAAAACACAUACAAUGGGAGGAGAUUUUUCAUCUAAGGGUCAGCAGGACUGUGCAAAAGGAAUUUACUGCUUAGCUGCUCGGGAUGUUUUCAGACUUCUCAACACAAAAUAUAAAAAGUUGGAAUUAACAGUUGGUGCAAGCUUUUUUGAAAUAUAUAGUGGAAAGGUGUUCGAUUUGCUCAAUAAAAAAUUGAAACUAAGAGUGCUAGAAGAUGCCAAAGGACAAGUGAAUGUAGUGGGACUAAAAGAGGAGCAUAUAGACAGUGCUGACGACGUGUUACGAUUAAUCCAGCACGGAAAUAAUGUACGGACAUCAGGGACCACCUCAGCCAAUCAGCACUCUUCUCGCUCACACGCUGUAUUGCAGAUUAUUGUACGGAGAAAAAACUCAAAUAAACUACAUGGGAAGUUUUCAUUGAUAGAUCUUGCAGGUAAUGAACGUGGUGCUGAUACCUCCAGUGCAGACAGACAAACUAGAAUGGAGGGAGCCGAAAUUAACAAAAGUCUUCUUGCUCUAAAGGAGUGUAUCCGUGCUUUAAGCAGGAGAGGGGAAUAUCAGCCGUUCAGAGCCAGCAAGUUAACUCAGGUGCUCAGAGACUCCUUUAUAGGAGACAACUCCAGGACUUGUAUGAUUGCUAUGGUUUCUCCUGGAAUGUCAUGCUGUGAACACACAUUGAACACUCUACGAUAUGCAGACAGAGUGAAGGAGCUUGGACCGGGAGGACCAGUGGAGGGAAAGCCUGCUGAGAUAGCUCUGCCAAACAAUAUCAACUUUGGAGCCAUGUCACCACAGAACAGUGACCUAGCCAAACUCAAGACCUCCAAUCAAGAUGAGAUUCCUGAUGAGUUACUGACAUUCCAUGAAGCUGUCAACCACAUGCAGGAAAUGGAGGAAGAAAUCAUUGAUGACCACAAAGCUCUAAUAGAGAAUACACAGAAAUGGCUAAUAGAAGAUAAGAAACUGGCAAAAAACUCUGAUGAAGCUGACUAUGAUGUAGAAGCAUAUGCAAGGCAGUUAGAUUCCCUUUUGGCAAAGAAAAUCCAAACACUGACCAAACUGAGGGAAAAAGUCGCCAGCUUCAGGAAAGAAAUACAGGAGGAAGAGAAUCUCAGUAAAAACAUCAAGAGUAAGAAGAAAUGAACCCCCGAGGCCAUUAAUCAGGAAUCUUAACCACCGCGUACAUCAUGACAAGUCAUCUUCAAUAACUCACGAGGAGUACCGAGUAUGCAUGCCUGCUAUCUGUGAUAUAUUAUUUUUUUUCUGCUUCCCAGGAGAGAUUAGCUCACCAAGUACAUAUAUACUGAGAUCUAAGUACAGGUGUACUGAGAUUUUUGUUUACAAGCUUUACACUGUGAUGACAAAAAAAAAUUAGCCUUGUAGACCAGUGUCCAUUAUAGAACAAAUUUUUCUGUCUCUUUAACUCUCUCUUCUCUAGUUCUAGUCUUUGGAGGGUAUAUAUGAACUUGCCAGCUGUUGUAAGGUCAGUGUUGUGUCCAUCAUAGAACUUAACUCAUGAAUGAAACGGCCACAUCUGUAUCAUUAGUCUCAUUGAAAUCCACAUUAUUGUAAUUGUUAUACGGGGCACUCUUGGAUGUCAAGUUGGUAAAUAGGGAAGGGGGAAAGGAAUAUUUGAGUGUCAGAAAAUUAAUUAUCGUAGUACAGGUUGAAAUUUCACUAGUCAUAUUGAGAUAUUUUUCAGUUUAUACAGAGUUGAAGGUUGUUUUUUUAUUAGAUUAAACAGACUUGUGUUGUUGAUUAUACAUGUAGCCUGUUACCCUUGAAAAUUAUUACUGAUACAAAGAUAGAAAAAUGAAUGUUAUGCAUCGUUUAUAAAUGAUGAUUCAGUGUAUCUUGCUGCUAAUUUUUGCACAUCUACCAUGAAUGCUGUAUUUUCUGUGAAACUUUUAAAUGCUAUUCUUAAUAAUUUUUCAAGUACAAAAUUCACUUCUCAAUAUGUGUUCAUCCUUUGCUAAAGUCAAUAUUGCAUUCUCUGUUAUUUUGUAACUAACCCCAAAACACUAACUUGAAUACUUUAUGUUGAAGAGUUCAUUGUUUACAUGUGCAAUAAAGAAAAUAUUGAUGUACUGUAUUUCUCUUCUUUUAUACCUAACAAAUGUCAAAUGGAGAAUAUUUCUUUUUAUUAUGGAUGCAAACUUGGUUGUGUUUUUGUUAAUAGCAAUGUUAAUAAGCAAAACAGGAUGUGUUUGAUAAAUGAUUUUGUUGAAAAUCAUUUGUGGUGAAAUCGUAUUAUUGUUAAUCACGUCCAUGACUGUAAUUUUUCAUUUCAUGUACUGUUGAUGCAUGCACAUUUACAAUAUGUAUGACAGAUUUUGUUGGUAUUGUUUUGUGGUGAAAAAUUUAUUCUGUAAUCACGUACAAAACUGUAUUUUGUUAUUUUAUGAUUUCAUGUACAUUAUCAUUUUCUUUUUAUGUAAAUAUGUACAUUUAUUUAAAAGAACAUUUCGUGUGUCCCAUUUUCAGCAUAUGUAAUGUAUAAACUAUAUUGUAAUUGACAUGUUUGUAAAUUAAAUGCUUUGUAAAUAAUAACUUAGAAAGAACUCUAUGGUUUUCAGUAUGAACCCCAGACACAAUUCUUAGAAUCAUAUUCAGCAUUAUUAUCCUGUAUUAUUUAUUAACUCAGUAGAUAGAAAGAAGUAGACUCAUAUGGGAGGGUGAUUAUCCUUAAUACAUGUAUGUACACAUAUUUACAAUUUCUUUUUAUCUAUUUUUUUCCCCAGCUCAUUAUUAUAUUUUAAUAACUUACCUGUUAAAUCUAGAGGAAUUGAACUGAAAUUUCCAAAUUGGAACUGAUGCAUGAAAUUUCAUGUGAAAUAAUAUUGUACCCAUUGUAACCCUUUGGUAGGGGUUGUCAUUUGUGAAAUACUUGUAAUAUUAUUUGUAGUCAUUAAUUUAUAGGGAUAAAAUAUAACAAAACAUUUUCCAAAUUUAUGAAUUGAAUUUAUAUUUUUUUCCACCUGACAUUCCAAGUAAGGUAAUAUUCAUAAGUGUAGCCACUUCUUUAGUUAUCUUCUACUGAAGACGUUAUGAAUUAUUUUAAGUUUUGUAAAUUUUUUUUCUCGAAUUUCGAAGAAAAUUCAUUUUUUUUGUUUAAGAUUCAUGGAUACUCUGACAAGAGAGAUAACUCUGGAUGACAUGAAUUUUUCAAGGUAAAACUGUAUUUUACCCCGGCUUUUCCCUGCAAGCUAUUUUACACUGUGUUUAUUUUACCAAAAUACAUUUCUCUUAGAAAAGUUAAAGCAACCUUUUAUAAAUCCUGUUAAAUAAUAUUAUUAAAUCUUUUCUUGAAGAGUAUCCACAUGAAAAUUGGAGAAAGUACAAAAGGCAUCUGUGAUUUAUUAACUACUUGAGUAAGAAAUGUGAUGAAUCAAAAAAGGGUUAUUUUUUAAGUGUGAAGAGUUGAAGAGCUUACUGAAUUUAGCAACUCAAGAAGUGUAGACUGCUGUAAGAAUUAAGGUCACAAUGAAUAAAGAAUGAAUAAAGAU